AGAAGGCAAAAGCUCAUAUAAAGAGAAAAAAUUUUCAGAUGAAGUAGAAACACAGAGUAGAGAAAAUCAGCAAAAGUUACACAUACUAAACAAAAAUACUCAGUAUAGAAGUUUCAAGAUUGAUUUUAGCAAGCAUAUUAAA